AUGCGCGUGUUCGCAGCGCUGUCGUCCGUCUUUCUUCUCCAGAUUGGCGCUGUCCUUUGCCAGUCGGCCACUCUGUCGUCCUCUGCCGAUAUCCUCUUCUGGCCCGUCACAUCGUCGUCGUCGUCGAAGCCAUCGCUUCUCGCCAAGAUCGAGUACGACUCGAAAACCCUCGAUACCAACGUCCUAUCGUAUACUCCUCCCGCCGCCGCAGGCAGCAGCAAUGAUAAUAAGAAUGGCCAAGAAGAAGAUCUAGUUCGCGUGGGCUUCUUCGUCGACACGCCCGCCAGCCCCAAACAAUGGGUCGGGAGCUUGAUUUCUCAGUCCGCCUUGGCCACACAGCGCCAGAAGCUUCAUUUAUAUCUUGGAGGUGCCACCGAGCAGCCAUACCAUGUCUCGCUUUCGCCUCAUUUUAAUCAAUCCUCCACCGAUGCUCUCGAUGUUGAGCUUGUUUUCUCUAAGCCGGGCCCGCUGCCGGAACUGAAUAAGCCUGUGGUGAUUAACCCGGAUGGAACCAACACGGAGGUGGUUGAGAAGACUCUUUUCCAAAAGUACUGGUGGGUGUUCUUAGUAGUGACCUUUUUGGCCAUGUCGGGAGGUGGAGGAGGAGGCGAAGGACAACAAUAG